AUGCUCGACAAGCUCCCUCAAGAAUUCCACUCGUUCAAAACAAACAUUUCUAUGAACUUUGAGACUGAAGUCUUUGAAGAAGUCCUCAAGAAAUUGGAAGACUUUGCUGCUCAAAACCAACUGAACGAAAUCAAAGAAUUGUCGAUCCCGACUCAAGCUACAAUGUAUACUCAAUCUUCGGACCCCAAGAUUGCUUGUCCUCACUGUAAACAAGGAUUCCAAGCCUGUUCACACUGUUUCAAGAGUGGCCAUUCUGAAGCGAAUUGUUUUCAUAAGCACCCCGAUAAACGACAGCCCAAAACGGUCAACUCGUCUUCAAAACAACAUUUGUCUCACCUCAAACGAUACACCGCAGAAGACGAAGACUACUUGAAACAAAAAUACCCCGAUCACCAUCUCUAA